AUGGAAAAAAAUGACAGUAGUGACGAUAAUAGAGAGCGGUCGGCUACUCCGCCCCGUAAAGUGGUUAAAGUUGGUGGUUGGACAGCGAAAAAGAAAGGUAAUACCAAAAACGUUCAUCGUCAACAGUCUUUCAGGGAAGUUUGGCUGAAAGAUCCAAUGUUCCGGGAUUGGCUUUUGCCCGAUUCAAAUGACACUUGUAGGGCCAAGUGCAAGUUCUGUCCACUCUCCUCAAUGGUUGCUGAGUUAAGCAAUUUGAAAGCUCAUGCCGCAACCACAAAGCAUAAAAAUAAUAUCCCUGGUUCUUCGUCCGGACCUCAGCGGCAGUUAACGUCAUUAGGGUUUCAAGUAGGCAAAAAACCUGACAAUGUUGAUAAAAAAAGAGCAGAAAUCAAAUUUUGUGCCUUUUUUGCUGAGCAUAAUAUACCUUUUUCUGUAGCUGAUCACUUCUCCGACCUUCUCAAAGAAUGCAUUACAGAUUCUUCUAUUGUAAAAGAAAUAGAGCCUUAA